UUUGCUCUGAUAGAUGGUAUAAGAGCACAAUAUGUAGCAGCACAUAUUUAUGACAUCAUAGUUUUUCUCUUUCUCUGUGUGACUUUUAUCUCUCACACACCUUUUUGACAGCAUCCCAGCUACUUCUCUUCCAGUGAUCAUUCCUACCAAGAUUUAUCUCAAAGCAUAGAAGAAUCCAUUUUUAAUGAUAAUUCUCAGUAUCCCCAGUAUUCAGGACCUGUAAUCUAGAAAGUAAUUUUCUGAGGUCUGCCUUAACCCUGUCUUCAAAGUUUGUCUGUUCUGUUAUGCCUUAGAUCCUCAAUAUACAUUGAAUACCCCGCACAUAUCUGUUCUUUCUUUCAAAAAUGUUGGCUCCUUCUUUGGAGGUUUUUAAGCAGAGGCUGGAUGGCCAUCAGUCGGGAGUGCUUUGAAUGUGAUUUUCCUGCUUCUUGGCAGGGACUUGGACAGGAUGGCCCAUGAGGUCUCUUCCAACUCUAUGACUUUAUGAUCUCAGUAGGGGGAAUACAAAAUAGGCAGAUCCAGAGAAGUCAUUUGUCUGUGCAAGAUCAAAGGAGUACUGAGUUCCUUCAAAAGGAGAAUGUCCUCUGGCAAAAGGUAAUAUUUUCCAUUUCAACCCAGAAAUCAGACUGGAGUCUCACCACAACAGUGACAAUGACAAGAAAACAGGGCACGUUUAUAGGAGGAACUGGAAUAUCCAGUGUUACAACAGAGAACAUUGGAACAAACAAAGCAGAGGUUUGGAAAGAAUGCAAUCUUUCAUGCUUCCAGGCACAAGUCAGUCAAGUUGGGAGGGAGAAAGUGGGGAUGAGGGUCGACUUUGUGGGUAUGUUUAUUGCUUGCUUCAUGGUCAUUAUUUGUAAUACUGCGCAGACUCACUGCCCUCAUUACCAUUUAACUCUGGAUCUAAUGGCCCAAUGCAGCUUGCUAGUCCUUGGCAGUCCUCUCGCUAAUUUGACAAGGAUGGCAGAGAAAGAUGGGAAAUAUUUCUUCAGCCAAAGAAUCCUACACAAAUUUCUGUGGGCUCUAAAGAUAUAAACAACAGGAAUUCAGGAUCACAUGAGAAGAGAGAUGAUGAAAGAAACAGAAUGCAGGAAGUGGAGGGGGAGAAAGGCCAGGAUCGGAUGGGAUCCAUUCCAGGAUAGGAAAGGAAGUGACUAAAAUGAUACGCGCAUGUUACCUAAUAAAGAAACACAAAUGGAGAGAGGAAGACACCAAGGACUGGCCUGAGGCAUCCGCUAUGGAAGCAACACACAUAAAUAUGUCCCAAGCCCCACUAGUUAAUGGGGGCAUCACUGCCAAGAUUAAGAAACGCAAACCUCGUGUGAUGUCCAAAAGUGGUCACAGUAAUGUGCGGAUUGACAAAGUAGAUGGCAUUUACCUGCUUUACCUCCAGGAUCUGUGGACCACUGUCAUUGACAUGAAAUGGAGAUAUAAACUUACUUUGUUUGCUGCAACAUUCAUAAUGACCUGGUUCCUUUUUGGAGUCAUUUAUUAUGGCAUUGCUUUUCUUCAUGGAGAUCUGGAGGGGAACAAGUUGCCCUGUGUCAUGAAAGUUGACUCACUAACUGGGGCAUUUCUCUUCUCUUUGGAGUCCCAGACGACCAUUGGUUAUGGCUUCCGAUACAUCACUGAGGAGUGCCCUCAUGCCAUUGUCCUACUAGUGACCCAGUUGGUUGUCACAACAUUAAUUGAAAUCUUCAUCACUGGGACCUUCCUGGCCAAAAUUGCUAGACCCAAGAAAAGGGCGGAGACCAUAAAGUUCAGUCAUUGUGCUGUUGUAACCAAACACAAUGACCAUCUUUGCCUUGUGAUUCGAGUGGCAAAUAUGAGAAAGAGUCUUCUGAUUCAGUGCCAGCUGACUGGAAAACUUCUUCAGACCUAUGAAACCAAAGAAGGAGAAAGGAUUCUACUAAACCAAGCCAGUGUCCGAUUCCAUGUUGACUCUUCCUCAGAAAGCCCUUUCUUGAUUUUACCUCUGACUUUUUAUCAUAUAUUGGAUGAGAAUAGCCCUUUAAGCGAUCUUACUCCCCAAAGCCUGAAAGAAAAAGAUUUUGAGCUUGUUGUCCUUUUGAAUGCCACAGUGGAGUCAACGAGUGCAGUUUGUCAGAGCCGAACAUCAUAUAUUCCAGAAGAGAUCUUCUGGGGUUUUGAAUUUAUGCCUGUAAUUUCUCUCUCUCAGAAUGGAAAAUACGUUGCAGAUUUUAGCCAGUUUGAGCUGAUCAGAAGAAGUGCAGAUUUUACCUUAUAUAGUUCAGGCUCUGAAAAGCAAAAACUAGAGGAGCAAUACAGAAAGGAAGACCAGAGAGAGAGAGAACGCAGAACAAUGUUGUUGCAACAAAGCAAUGUUUGAUUUAUCAUCUAUUCCAAACUAUAACAAAGUUUGGACAGUAAUCUGCAUGGUUUCACUGCCCUGAAAAUGGAAAGGGAGCAAAAAUAUAUUUGACCAGCUGUGAGGUAGAAAAUAUCCAUCCUAUUAUCAUAGGAGAGAGUUUUCUGGGUUGGGAGCCCACAUUGGAUUCCCUCAUCCCACUAAGGGCCACAUUGCUGCCUCACUUUAUGCUAAAAUUUAGCAGUAAGUGCAAUAACUUUCUAUGUGCAGUGCAAGAGAAUGCCAGAGCAUCCACCCAUACCAUAGAGUACUUUUGUUUUGCAGUCCAGAUUGUCUCUGUACUUUAUGGAAGGUAAAAACAAAUAGGAGGACGUUAAUAAUAGUCUAGGAGCCAAAUAUGCAUAUAGAUUGCAUGUCUUUCACCUCUUCUUUAUACUAGGCAUAACUAAUAACAUAUAAUUGUGGAAUUAUAUGUUAUCAUAGGGCCUAAAUACAUUGAAGGAACGAGAUCCCAUCUGAUCUUGAAAGCUAAGCCUGGUAAGCCUUAUUUAGGACUUGGAUGAAGACCACCAAUGAAUACCAGGUGCUGUCAGCUAUAUUCUAGAGGAACUGGCAAAUUCCACCCCCUUUGAGUAUUCCUUGCCAAAGAAAACCCCAUGAAAUGCACAUGGUUGCCAUAAGUUGACAGGCAACCUGGAGGCAUGCAAAUAUGCUAUCAUAGCUGAGAUGAUGUCUCCUAGAAGGAAGAUACAGACUGAGACUAUUGGCCCACUUCUGUUGAUUGACUACUGUUGUCUAACUGGCAUCUUUCCCAAUUCUACAUGGAUCUGUCAACAAUUGAACCUGGGCCAUUUUUCUUGUAAAGCCAACACUCCACCAUGGACUUACAGUCUUUCUCUGUCUUUUAACAGUCUUCAGCAUGGCAGGCUCCAUAGCAGACAAUGUUCAAAUGCCAUCAAGAUAUGGAGACUAAUAUAUUAAGCAAAUUCUCCAGAUAUUUAUUUGACAUAGUUUAGAUAUAUAAGUAGGAUUAAAUAACUGAUUAUGAAAUUUUAUAUUUGUGUGUGUGGAAGGCAUUUAUUUACCAAUAUUUCACACCUAGAUCUAAAAACAUUUAUUUUAUGCAUAAAAAUUGUAGAGACUGAAGUAGUGAAAUAUUUGGAAAAUUGUAGGAAGCAAUGAGUGGCUUCAGUUUAAUAAGGUUUUGUACUUUAGGAUUAAACAGCAAUCUGUACUGAACACCCUAGAAUUUCCAAUAUGCCCAAGAGAUAUUCAUACCCAUCUGUGAGAAAAAGGCCUUUAUCCAGUUUGGUCCCAACUAGAGUAGACAUAUUGAAUUAAGAGAACUUACCUAAGUGUUCGUUUACCAAAUUCUCAUUGAGUUAAUGAAUCUAUUUGGGUUGGAAAUAUCAAUUGUCUGCCCUGGACCAAAGUUAUUUUAUGUACUCGACUUAAAUGUAAAGAACCAAAAUGAGAAAGGACAAAGUGAGAAAGGACACAAAGGACAAAGGGGAAGUAUAUAGUAUUGUUCUGGAGAAAUGAUAGAAAAAUAUUUCAAAAUGGGGGGGGGGGGGCAAUGUCACAAAACCAUGCUAAUGUGAAUCAUGUUCAACAGCCUGGCCCUGACAAGAAGCCCUUUCUUUGUUUCCCCCACCAAAUCCCUGUAUAGUUCUUGAAAUCUGUUCCUUCAUCUCUUCCCCAAGACUCAGAAUUUUCUUGCCUACCUACAGAACAGUCAGGUAAUUGCCAGAUUAGAGCAAGGAGCAGUUGAGGAUCAGUUGGUUAUGUUCUUUUGCAAAGCCCACGACAGUCCUGGAAUCCCUCAGUACCUCCUGGAGUCCUAUUGAAGUCCCAGAGAUUAUGACAAGAGAUGUACCAACCAACCAUCAGAGUUUUGCUAGAUGAUAAUUUGGGGAGGGGGGGGGAAGGUGGCUUCUACAUGGCUGUAGACAGGCAAGAAAACAGUGAAGCUCUGAAAUGAGUUUUUUUUUUUUUUACCAAUUGCAGUUUUUGAAUAUCCUAUCAUAGUCAGGAGAAUAUUGAAUGAAUGGUUUCUUUUCUUUUGUGGGAAUGAAAUAUUAAAAUCCCUAUGCUGGACUUUCUUGGAUAUUGUAUUUGGUAGAAGCAAAAUAGAAAGCAGAGACCUGCUACAACAAUGAGUUAAGAGCUUGCCUCCUGCAAAAAGAAAACAAAAGGCUCCAGGAAUCAAUGUGCUUGUUCCUUCCUCAUCUGCCGUGCAAGGCAGGGAGGAUCAAGGCAUGUCAAUGGGUUUAAUUGUAAGAAUAUAUUCUGCCACAGAGUGUGUUUUUCUCUCUCUACACUCACAUAUUUCCAAAUUAAAGGAAAGUCUAAAUAUGGGGUUACAACAGAGCCAACAAGGACCAGAGUAAACCCAUUGAAUCAAUGGCAAGGGAACAAACGUAUGUUCCAUUUAUUCAAUGGUUCUAGCCUAUUUUGGAGGAACAAUUGGACUUUAAUCCAAAGUUUAAUCCAAAGCAAAAAAGUUGUUUUAUCUACUAACAACACUAGUCAUGUUAUGGAAUUUAUACAGCAUUAAUGUAUUUUAAAAUGUUGCUUGCCUUGUUUUGUAUAUUUGUUUAAUAUUCUCAAAUAAAGUUUGAAACAUA